UUAACUGAAGCCAGAAGUCUAUUCUUCUUGCCUCUUGCGCUCUUGUAGUCGCAUAAAUCUGAAGAAGUCUCUCGCUUUCUCUUCCGAGAAGGCCAAGAAGCCAACACCAGCACCGGCCCCAGCCCUUGGAUCCAUUCUCCCUCUGUUUCCGCCGUUAGAUCCAAGCUCUCGUCGGCGAUCCGAUGUGGACCACCGUCCGAUCUUUCAUCCUCGUCGCCUUCCUCCUCGUCUCGCCGGCGCUCUGUUCCGAGUACGAUCACAAGUAUCAACCAGAUGACCCUGUUACCCUCUGGGUAAAUAAGGUUGGGCCUUAUAAUAAUCCACAAGAAACAUAUAACUAUUACAUCCUUCCAUUUUGUCAUGCAUCUGGAAAUGCGGCUCACAAGUGGGGUGGCCUUGGAGAGGUCUUGGGUGGAAAUGAACUUAUUGACAGUCAGAUUGACAUAAAAUUCCUAAAAAAUGUGGAUAAGACUACUGUCUGUGAAAUUGAACUUGAUGAAGCAAAGGCGAAACAAUUCAAGGAUGCUGUUGAGAAUAGUUACUGGUUUGAAUUCUUCAUAGACGAUUUGCCUCUAUGGGGUUUUGUUGGUGAGGUACAUCCUGACAAGAACAGUGAAAAUAACAAGCAUGUGCUUUACACGUAUAAGAACAUUACUGUUGAAUACAACAAAGACCGGAUCAUUCAUGUGAACCUCACUAACGAUGGUCCUAAACCGUUGGAAGUGGGUAGAACACUGGAUAUGACAUACUCGGUCAAAUGGAUACCGACUAAUGUCAGUUUCGCGCGUCGUUUUGAUGUUUACCUAGAUUACCCCUUCUUUGAGCAUCAGAUACACUGGUUCUCCAUUUUUAAUUCAUUCAUGAUGGUUAUCUUCCUCACUGGACUGGUGUCAAUGAUACUAAUGCGAACUCUUAGAAAUGACUAUGCAAAAUAUGCUCGGGAAGAUGAUGAUCUGGAGACAUUGGAAAGAGACGUGAGUGAGGAGUCUGGUUGGAAGCUUGUUCAUGGGGAUGUUUUUCGGCCUCCUCGCAAUCUAGUACUACUUUCAUCUGUUGUUGGGAAUGGUGCUCAGCUGGCAUUGCUUGUUCUACUUGUCAUCUUGUUUGCAAUUGUUGGAAUGUUGUAUGUCGGGAGAGGAGCUAUAGUCACAACCUUCAUAGUAUGUUAUGCUUUCACAUCAUUCAUUUCUGGGUAUGUGAGUGGUGGAAUGUAUUCACGUAAUGGGGGAAAAAACUGGAUAAAAUCAAUGAUCCUCACCGCAUCAUUUUUCCCAUUUAUGUGCUUUGGGAUUGGUUUUAUUUUGAAUACAAUUGCUAUAUUCUAUGGAUCCCUAGCUGCUAUUCCUUUUGGCACAAUGGUCGUGGUUUUUGUCAUCUGGGCUUUCAUAUCUUUUCCCCUAGCACUUCUUGGUACAGUUGUAGGAAGAAACUGGAGUGGUGCUCCAAACAAUCCAUGUCGUGUGAAGACCAUUCCCCGUCCAAUCCCAGAGAAGAAAUGGUACCUCACACCAUCUGUAGUUUCUAUGAUGGGGGGGCUACUACCGUUUGGCAGCAUAUUCAUUGAGAUGUAUUUUGUCUUCACAUCCUUCUGGAAUUACAAGGUGUACUAUGUUUAUGGCUUCAUGCUACUAGUUUUUCUGAUUCUCAUUAUUGUUACGGUUUGCGUUACAAUCGUGGGCACAUACUUCCUACUAAAUGCCGAGAACUAUCACUGGCAGUGGACUUCAUUUUUCUCUGCUGCCUCGACAGCGGUCUAUGUGUACUUGUAUUCAAUAUAUUACUACUAUGUGAAGACCAAGAUGUCAGGUUUCUUCCAGACCAGCUUCUAUUUUGGAUACACACUGAUGUUUUGCCUAGGUUUGGGAAUUCUUUGUGGAGCUGUUGGGCACUUGGGGUCCAAUUUGUUCGUAAGGAGAAUCUACCGAAACAUAAAGUGCGACUAGAGAGACCUUGCGGGUAAGAAUGGAGCUGUGAGAUGGGUAUUUCCUCCAAGGUUGAAACCGAACGAAGAAACCUCUGGUCAUGUGUGGCGGCAACGUUGAUAUCUUUACAGAUUGAAACCCACAAAAUAGGUUAUGACUAAUGAGAAGGCCCUGAAAUUUUUACAAUUUUCCAUUUUAAUUGUCAUGGGCUGUAAGUGAAAUUUAAAUUCAGGAAGCAGAGAUUUGUCUUUUUCUUUCUGUAAGGUAAAAAGAUAAUCUGAGAUGUGAAAUCAUUUUGUCAUGUAGCCCAACCCACCCACCCUUUCUCUGCAAUUGAUUGGUCUCGUCUCUUCUCCCGACUCCUGUAGUGAGGAGUGGUUUCGUGUUCUUUUUUUUUUUUUUUUUUAAUUUUCCUAAAGAUAUUAUAUGCUGGUAUAAUGUAGCUAGCAUAUGCCUUUGGGACUAGAACUAGAAGCACCUUUCCUAAGCCUUGGGGUAUAAUAUAGUGGUCAGUCUGUCUUGAGUCUGUUGUGGGACUGAGCGAUCAUUAAUCAUUGUGUGUCUACAACGGACUAUUGAUUAUUGGAGCAGGUAUUGAUGGAGAGUGGUAUUGGCAGA